AGCAGUUAUUUAUUGGAAGCGGAGGAGGUGGUUGCAGCAGCAUGGCCAACGGGAGCAGGGCAGGGGGUGCGGUAUGUGGAGAAGGAAGCAAGAGGCAGUCGAAAAGAGGAGGGGGUAGAGGGAAGGACAUUGCGAGCUCGAGUGCACCUUCGUCGGGGGUGGUUGACAAAGUCCCGACGCCGGCUACUGACCCAUCCUUGUUCGUCCCACAGCCGGAGGUUAAGCAAAAGAAGCUGCAGGGCGAAAAGGAGGUGUGGAAACAUGUAAAGCAAGGUCAGGAGGCUGUGCCGAAGGGGCAGGGAGAGUAUUGGUUGCGGUGUCGGCUGUGCUCGACCAUUUACAGGGGCACGAGCACAAGAGUCGUUGAGCAUUUCCUAAAACUGCAGAAGCCUUGCCCUUUCAGGACGGGCGAGGUAUUGCACAAGCUGGUGGCCCAAGGCGCGAAGGUGUUGUCGAAGGACAAGAAAACGCAAUACCUUCUGCAAAAUUACCGGCAGCUUCACAACAUUUCGGCGGGGGGUGCUCCUGUCGAUGAAGACGACGAGAGUGCGGUUGUUCCUCGCGGUAAUGAGGAGCCACAACCGCUGGUUGCUACUGGGAGGGAGCCAGCGGAGGAGCCGGUGCAGCGGGGAAAAGAACCUGCAGCGGCACAAGCGGUGGGAGAAGAUGAUGGUGCUUCCACCACAAGGAUGGCUUCAAUGCAGCAAACGACCAUCAAGAGAUGGGUCGAGAACGCGGCGCAGAAGAAGUUGGAUGUCGCGUGGGCGGAGGAAAUGUUCAGAUCCGGAAUUGCAUUCCAAUUCCUAGAGUUCGACUCCACACAGCAGCUGCACAGCGUGUACCUCGAGGUGGCGAACGCCAGACCGCAGUUGAAGUUACUGUCUGCGAAGCACAUUCAGACUGUCAUGCUGGAGUUCAUUUUCAUGCGCAUUCAAAAGCAAGUGGAGCCUUUGACAAAAUGUUGGGAUGUCACCGGCUGCACUUUCAUCACGGACGGGUCUAAUGAUCGGAGGAACUUCUUAGCGGCGGGGGAGCAGGGAGCUGUUCUUGUGGCAACGGUGUACAUGGACAGCAAGAAGAAGACGGGAGCGGCGUUGGCGAAACUGUGGGAGAAAAUAAUGAGGGAGAUUGGGCUGCAGCGCAUCAACGCGAUAUGCACUGACAACGCGGAGGUGAACAAGAGAGCAGCUCAAAUUUUGGAACGGCGCACAGACCUUGCGGUUGCAAGAAUACCUUGGGUUCCCUGCGCUGCACAUUGCUGCAGCUUGCUGCUAAGGGACAUCAGCAAGUUGGACUGGGUGAAGAGCACGGUGAAGCGGGGCCACACCAUCGUCAAAUUCAUCUGGAAUCACCACACGACUAACAGUUUCAUGAUGAGUUUGGACUCAUCAUUGACGCUGUUGCGGCCGACCGAGGUCCGUUUCGGGUCGGUGUACCGGAUGCUGGAGCGGAUACACAACCGGAGGGCAGUUUUGAAGGACAUGGUGGACGCGACGAAUGUGGGGAAAUGGAAGGCAAUGCGGUGGUCGAGCGCGAAGCUGCAAGCGAAAGCGGAUCUCGUGUACUUCACAUUGCGGAGGGAUGCUUGGUGGACGGAGCUAAGGAAGGUGGUGGAGAUGAUGGAGUUGUUGUAUCUCCUACUGCGAAGGAUGGACAAGGACGAGACUGCACCGUCAAACCUUGUGGAGUACGACCGACUCAUGGAGAGGAUGCUGGCGGAGGUUGUGCUGACACCGGAGCAGCGGAGUUCGGUGCUAGAGAAGGUGAGGGACCGCAUGAAGAUUAUGCGGCAACCGGUGCAUGCGCUGGCUUUUCUUCUCGACCCGCGGAGGAGAGAUCCGAAGUGGUUGCUGGACCGCGACAGCGCACUUGUACAGAACGCGCUGCGUUAUUUGCAGAGGCAAAUUAGCGGACCUUGGAAGUCCAAGGCGCACGUGGAUAUAGAGAAAGACCUGCGCGAGUUCCACAAGCGACCCACCGCAUACGACCCCAAGCAGAAGGACAAAAAGAUGUGGGAGCCGGAUGCGGUCGAGGAUGCUGAUAUUAUAUCGCCGACGGAGUGGUGGGCAACAUAUGGUGGCGAUGUGCCGAAGUUGCAGGCCAUUGCUAUUAAAGUGAUGGGCAUGUGGAGCACGACAACUCUGGCGGAGCGUAAUUGGUCCUCGAUGGACUUGGUGCAAUCCAAGCGACGGAAUCGAUUGAAGCUCGCGACCGUGGAGAAGCUUGGGUACAUUCAUUGGAAUAUGAAUCUGUUGCGGGCGAGCAAAAACGUGAAGGAGCAUUGCUACGUCGAUUUGUGGGCGGAGUUCUUCGAGUCUCUUCCGGAUCCGGAGGAGGGCGAUGAUCCUCUUUUGGCGGUGCCCGAGGAGGAGAAGGGGAAAACAAACGAGGAUCAGGCGCGGGAACGGGCCUUAACCAAGUUACCAAAGGGCCGGAUUCCGAAAAAACUCGAAGAUGAUGAAGAGGAGCACACAGACGACAGCGACCUGGAGGACGAGAUAUGGAAGGGAAAGGCUCCAUGGUCGGAAUCAUCUAGCGAAGGGGAGGCAGACGACGGGUCUGACGAUGACUUUGAGCUGGGAGCGCAGCCCACAAUCCCAGGCAUCACAUAUGUUGGGAGGAGGCGAACAACGCAGUGCCACGGAGAACGCCCGCCCACAACACCAUGUCAAGGGACGACUAAUACAAUUGCGCAGUACGACAUCCAAUCCGAUGUUGAGAUACUGCAGACGGACACCGACAUUGACAUGGUGCUUCACCCUGGUCUGAUCGAUGCAGAUGAGGCGGAGGCCGAUCGUGCGAAGGCAAUGGCUGAUGCGGAUCGCGAACGGGUGCAAAGGAGAAUGAGAGAGGAGGAGGAGCGGCGAGCAGUUGUACCAACCCGUAGAGAAAUGCAGAAUCAAAAGAAGAAGGUUGGAGAGCAUGAACCAGAGUCUGCGGGGGAGAUGGGGCAGCACGAGGAGGAGGAAGAGGAGGAGAUGGGCCAGCAAGACGAGGAGGAAGAGGAGGAUAUGGGCCAGCAAGACGAGGAGGAUAAACAGGAGAUGGCCCACCUGGCGCAGGAAGAAGCAGAGAUGGAGGAGGAAGAAGAAGAGGCUUGCAUGAAGCAGCAAGAGGAGGUGAUGAAACAAAACGAAGGGAAGGGCACGGACCAGCAAGAAGAGGGGUUGGAGGACCAACAUGCGAAACGGGUGGGAGAGAGCGAGGAGGAGCAGCAGCACGACGAGAUGGCUCACAGUGAGGAGGAGCCGCAACAGCAACAGCAUGCACCGAGGACCGUGUACAAGGGUCGGAAGAAAACAGCGGAGCCUGCCGGGUCGCCGGAGAAUUCCCCCGAAUUCCCAGACAACUUAGAGGGGAGCCAACACGACAACCUGUGGGUCAGCAGGGUUGGGAGGAAGAGGAAGGCCCCCCCUGUCGACGAUGUGCCGAGGCCGAAACUUCCACGUGGCAGGCCUCGGAAGAACAAGACUGCCAGUCCGGCUACGAAGCCGAAAAAAAAAAAACGGAAGUGCAAGCCUCGCACAAAGAUUGUCGAGGACAACCCCGAUUCCGAUAGCUGCAGCGAGCACUUCGUCGAAGACGAGGGUUGCACUGAUGACUGACAUUGGGGUGUGUGUGUGUGUGUGUGUGUGUGUGUGUGUGUGUGUGUGUGUGUGUGUGUGUGUGUGUGUGUG